AUGAACCUCAAGACUGAGAGCCUAUUUUCCUCCGCAGACAAAAACAACCGCCAUGCUGUCCUCCUCUCCGCCACCCAUUCUCUCUAUAAAUCCAACGGCCCGCACUCUCACACACUCACUCACUCUCAGUCUCCAAAAGAUCUUCAAAAAAUAAUGGAUAUCUGGUCGUGGAUAUGCGAACUCCCCAACUCGGCCGAUCUGGACCUUCCCAACUCAUCCCUCACCUUCCAACUCGCCACCAACACCGACUCGACUCAUUCCAUCCAUCUCCGGGCCACCCCGGACUCAGAAACCUCCAAUAUCACCUUCUCCAUAUGCCUCGACAACAAUCCCCACCCCGUCUGGUUAUCCAACACGUGUCCCCUCUCCUCAGACAAACCCUUUCUCCCCCUCCUCCUCCAGCUCCUCCACGAAAUCGCGUCCCGUUCCCCCACCUUCUUCCCCCAACCCCACCUCAGCCGCCUGAUCAGACCCGAGCCCGUCUCGUGGGCCCUCGACUCCCACUCACCCGAAUCCUUCUCCUCCUUCUUCACUCUCAUCUUCCUCACGCGCCUCUUCUGGCUCUGCGCGUGCGACUCCCCACCCCAAUUCGGCUCCCUCUACUUCCACUCCCUUCUCUCCCCCAAUCUCGCCCUCUUCUCGUCCCGCCACGCGCCCGUCCUCACCAACUUCUUCCUCUCGGCCGGCGCUGACGUGGAGCUCUGCCUCGCCCGCUCAUUCGGCUACGUCCUCGCCAAGUGGUUGGUUCUUCGAGACAUCGAGACUAAAUCCCCCUUCUCCCAAAUUAAUCUCGGAUUUUCGUACUCGGUCGAGACUCACGGGCUGUGGAUUCUCAAAGCGUACACCCCCGUGAGGUCCAUGCGGUCGACCCGAAUAGUUAAUGCUCGGGACGCCCUUCUGAAAUACGCCCUGGCACACCAGCAGCUGGAGGCUGUGGUCCAGUUCGAUUACGCGGUCGAAUAUUUCGAGAGCUACGUCCACGUCACCGCCCGCCUGGACAACAUCAGGAUCCACGUGGCGAGGUUGGGGUACAAGAGAGAUGAUGAUGAUGAUGACAGCGGCAGUGACCUCAUCGACGAGAAGCAUUUCCCGUCGAGGGUGAGGGUUUGGGUGGGGCCGGAGGUCGGGGCGGGUUACGUGGGCGGGCUGAGUUUGGGCCGGUCCACGGAUAAUGUGGAGCGGGAGACGGAGGUCGAGAGGACUAUGAAGGGUGUUUUCGGAAAAACGAAGGUACCUGAGGUGAGGGCGGUUGCAAGGAUGUCGACCCGGACGAAGAUGAGGAGCUGGAGGUGGGACCAGGAUGCGGAGGGGAACGUGGCUAUUUUCGAGGNAAGGAGAUGGAAGGGAGUGUGUUGA